UUGAACCAUGGAGAUAUCUGACAGUGUGUACGCCAAUACAGAAAUCUUCAAGUCCUUUGACUCCAGAACCAGAGUGGACCAGAACUCAAAGAAUAUCCCAGGAGAUGAACUCUCAGAUAAAGGAGUGGUAAACGAGCGAGACCAGUUAAAGACCAGUAAUACCAACCUUAUAGCACAGAGAGACCAGAUAAAGAGUGAGAAAAACAGGCUUCAGAGGUGGGUGGAAAAAUCCUGUUCCCAAGAUUGGAAGGAGUUCAACUCCACAUUGUACUACGUCUCCAGUGGGGUAAGGACCUGGAGUGACAGUCAACAAGACUGCAGAGAGAGAGGAGCUCACCUGGUGAUCAUUAACAGCAGAGAGGAACAGGAAUUCAUCAAUGGAUUAAGAAAGAAUGUCUGGAUCGGGCUUACCGACAGCAAAACAGAGGGAACCUGGAAGUGGGUGGAUGGCACAACACUGACCACAGAAUACUGGCAGAGUGGGCAGCCUUCUAAUGGAGGUAUUACUGAUGAGAAGGAUCCUGAUACUGGAGAGGACUGUGCUGAAAAUGCUAUCUUCCAGUACUGGAGGAAUGGCAAGUCAGAGGACUGUGCUGACUGUCAGAGAGGCUGGAAUGAUGCACAUUGCUCCAGUGAACGGAAGUGGGUCUGUGAGACAGAGGCCAGUCCCUAA